UUUUCAAUCAAAUUGAAAAAAUAUCAUUGAUUUAUAUUUAUUUAAUUAUUUAUCUUAGAAUAACUUUCUUCGCAAAUCAAUGUGGAAAAACAGUAUUAGAACGUCUUCUAAAAGAAUCAUGGAAAGCUGUUAUUAGUGAUUUAGAAAAAGUUAUUGUUUUAUCACCAUUUUCCGAUUCUAAACAUUUAUUAACAACUCCAUCAGCAAUAAUAGAAGAUGUUUAUCGUCUUUUAUUUGGGAAAUUAGAUCGAGAUAAUGAUCGAAAUUUAACUCAUAAACAAUAUCAAAUAUUAGAUCGUAGUUUAGAAGAUUUAAAAGAAUUUUUUCAUGCAUCUGGACAAGGUUUAAAAAAAAAUGAUUUAGAAGAAAGUUUAGAAUUACAAUCACUUAAAUAUGCUCUUUCAUUAUGUACACAAACAACUGAUUCAUUAAUUAAAACAUUUGUUAAAACAGAAAGAGAUCAAGAUCGACCAGAACUAGAAGGAUAUUUUGGUGAAGUAUCAAUUCAAGUUGAUAUAUUUACAGAUCCAAGUAGUGGCGAACAUAAAGUUACUGUAAAAGUUGUUGCUGCAAAUGCUCUUAAAUGGCGUACAUCAGGAAUGUUUCGUCCAUAUGUUGAAUUAGCAAUAUGUGGCCCUCAUUUAAGUGAUAAAAAACGUAAACAAACAACGAAAACAAAAAGUGAUACAUGGAUACCUAAAUAUAAUGAAACAUUUCAUUUUUUAUUGGGUUAUGAAGAAGAACUAGAUUGUUAUGAAUUAAAUAUUGCUGUAAAAGAUUAUUCAUUUAUGCGUGAAGAUCGUUUAAUUGGUUUAAAUGUUAUUAAAUUAUCACAAGUAUGUGAACAAGGUUCAUGGUCAUCAUGGGUACCACUUGGUUCACAUAUAAAUUUUGAUGAUACAAGAUUAACUAUAUUAAGAAUAUUAUCACAUAGAACAAAUGAUGAAUUGGCAAGAGAAUUCGUAGCACUUAAAUCAGCUAGACGACAUAAGGAAGAAGUGUGA